CAGCUGAGGAAAAUGGCCGACGUAGAGAUGGACAUAACGUCCAGCAGAAUGAAUAAUGGCAACGAACACGUAAAACAAGAUCUGGAAAGCCAUGAACAAAGUGGGAAUGAGGACAGUGGAGAUGUAUCUGAAGAAGAAGAGGAGGAAGAGGAGGAGGCAGAAACUAAUGGCGAAAAGACGGAAGAAGGGCCCAAACAUCACAGCAGCAGUGGCAAACACAAGAGGAAAAAACACAAGCAUCGUAGUAAGCACAAAAAACACAAACAUGCCUCAGAUGAGGACAAGGACCGCAAACGCAGACAUCGUCAUAAACACAGGAAACACAAACGCAAAGAGGGCUCCUCUCCCACUGGUGCUGCUCUCUUUGCCUCCUCCAGCCACAAAAAAGUUGAAUCUUCUCCCUCCUCUGGAAAUCCAAGUCUGGAUGAUAGGGCCUUACUGGAGGACUUGGAGAAACAGAGGGCCAUGAUCAAAGCAGAGCUGGACAGCCAGUUAAUGGAAGGGAAGGUUCAGUCUGGAAUGGGCUUGAUCCUUCAGGGCUAUAACUCUGGAUCAGAAGAGGAUGGAGACGCAAGGGUACGAAAUGGAGAACAGCGUCAAAGAGGCAAUUCAGGUAAACCCAUAUCUCCCAGAGGAGGAAAAAGUGGGAAAUCGAGACGGGACUCAACUGAGGGCAGUAAAUCCAGCUCCAAGCGUCGUAGUCGGAGUAAAUCUGCGGACAGACCUGCUAAGGAGCCUAAGCAGGAAAAGGUGACCAAAAGCACCAAGGACACAGGUGUAAAGGACAGAGGUCGUGGCAGGAGCAGGUCAAAAGACAGAAAGCGUUCAGAUAGCACUGAUAGGUCCAAGGAGAGAAGGAAGUCCAACUCUCCCUCUUCUUGGAAAGUAGAACAGAAAGCCAGCCGCACUGAUAAACGUUCCUCUCCACAGCGGGACGAUAGACCAAACCAGGAAAGAGCACCCCGGAGAUCCAGAUCACCAGGACGAGAGCGACCGAGUCGCUCAGAAGUUGACCGCGACAAGCGGCCAACCAAGUCUCCAUCCAAGGAUGCUUCAUCAGGGAAAGAGAACCGUUCCCCUCACAGACGGCCACCUCACAGUCCUGUGAGGAAACGCAGUGCUUCCCCUCGCCACAGAGACACGCGCCACCCCUCGGCGAGUGCCACAGACAGGAUAGCAAAACAGAGCCAGUCUCCCUCCAGAACAAGGUCCUCACCCAGGAGAGGUCGCAGUCGCUCACCAGAUUCCAGAAGGAGGGAUGCUGACAGGCAGGACUCACCGCUAAGGAAACGCCCUCGGCCAGACUUGGGGCCGAGAGACAGAUCACGGGAGAACAGUCCAAGAGCAUCUUCUCGCCGCAGGAUGAGUCGAUCACCUCUGAGACGCAGGUCCCCAUCACCACGACGACACUCCCGCUCUUCACCACGCAGACGGAGCAGGUCUCCACUGAGACACAGGUCUGGAGAGAGAGACAGGUAUGGAAGGCUCAGGCAAUAUCGGCGCUCCAUGUCCCGUGAUCGGGAAAGGAGGAGGAGGCGCAGCAGAGAUGAAGACAAGUUCAAGGGCAGCCUUUCAGAGGGCAUGAAAGUUGACCAGGAAUCCUCAGAGGGAGAAGUGUUGGAGGAUUUUGAUGGUGAGGAAGUAGAUGAAGAAGCUCUCAUUGAACAGCGCCGGCAGCAGCGCCUGGCCAUUGUCCAGAAAUACAGAGUCGGGAAUGAUGACAGCAACAUGGUGUCAGAGCCCAGCAGCCCGCAGAGCAGUACUCGCAGCCGUUCACCCUCACCUGAUGACAUCCUCGAGCGAGUGGCUGCCGAUGUCAAGGAGUACGAACGCGAGAACCUCAACACCUUCGAGGCCAACAUCAAAGCCAAGCACAACCUCAUCCCCCAGGAGAAAGAUGGAGCCAAUCCAAAGAAGCCCUCGGCCCCCGACAUGUUUACGGAGUCAGACGACAUGUUUGCCGCUGACUUUGAUAGUGCCAGGAUGAGAGCAGCAGGUGUCGGAAAAGACUUUAAAGAAAACCCCAACCUCAGGGACAACUGGACUGAUGCUGAGGGUUACUACCGGGUGAACAUUGGGGAGACGCUGGACAAGCGCUAUGAUGUGUAUGGCUACACUGGCCAGGGUGUGUUCAGCAAUGUCAUCAGAGCCAGGGACACUGCGAGGGGCGGCCAGGAGGUGGCAGUCAAGAUCAUCCGAAACAACGAGCUCAUGCAGAAGACUGGUUUGAAAGAACUGGAGUUCCUCAAAAAGCUGAAUGACGCAGAUCCCGAUGACAAGUUCCACUGCCUUCGCCUUUUCAGACACUUCUAUCACAAGCAGCACCUGUGUCUGGUAUUUGAGCCUCUCAGCAUGAAUUUGCGAGAGGUGCUGAAGAAAUACGGCAAAGACGUUGGGCUCCAUAUCAAGGCUGUGCGCUCGUACAGCCAGCAGCUCUUCUUGGCCCUGAAGCUGCUUAAAAGAUGCAACAUUCUCCACGCUGACAUCAAGCCAGACAAUAUCCUGGUUAAUGAGUCAAAGACCAUUCUGAAGCUUUGUGACUUUGGUUCUGCAUCCCAUGUUGCUGACAACGACAUCACACCAUACCUGGUCAGCAGGUUCUACAGAGCUCCAGAAAUCAUCAUAGGGAAACCGUACGACUAUGGCAUCGACAUGUGGUCUGUCGGCUGCACUUUGUACGAGCUCUACACCGGCAAAAUCCUGUUUCCUGGAUCUUCCAACAAUCACAUGAUCAAACUCGCCAUGGACCUGAAGGGCAAGAUGCCCAACAAGAUGAUCCGUAAAGGUUUGUUCAAAGACCAGCACUUCGAUCAGAAUUUGAACUUCCUCUACAUUGAAGUGGACAAAGUAACAGAAAGGGAGAAGGUGACGGUGAUGAGCACCAUCAACCCCACCAAAGAUCUGCUGACGGACAUGAUCGGAGGCCAGCGGCUUCCCGAGGACCAGAGGAAGAAGGUCAUGCAGCUGAAGGACCUGCUGGACGGCACGCUGAUGCUGGACCCGGCCAAACGCAUCAGCAUCAACCAGGCUCUGCAGCAUCCUUUCAUCCAGGAGAAGAUUUAAAGGCCCUGAAUGCCACACCCCCACACAC